AAAUGCCCGAACCCGAGUGCCACAUACGAUUCGAUAACAACCCGUACGGAGUGUAUCUUGCCGGGCAAACGCUAGCCGGUCAGGUCGAGCUCCGCCUAACAGAGAUACUCAGUGUAAUUGGAAUAAGUCUACGACUGGAUGGACUGACCGAAAUAGAAUGGUGCGAGUUUAUCGAAUCAGCCACCGGGCAGCCGGGUGGACGUAAAACGACACGCUACCAUGGCCGGCAAACGCUUCUCAACUCUACCAGCUUCCUGUGCGGUUCAUCCGUAGGACCGUUGCGGGAUCUUGCCAUUGGCACACAUACGUAUCACUUUUCCUGCGAACUGCCUGCCCACCUACCGACCUCGUUCGAGGGUUACCAUGCACGCAUCCGGUACACGGCCAAGGUGGCGCUCCAUCGAACGAAAGCACGUAUCGAUCCGAUCGGACAAACCAGCUUCACCGUGCUGCGGCAUCUAAAUCUGAACGAGCACGGUGAAGUGCUAAUACUUCCAACGAAGAGUGAACUCACAAAAGUGUUCUGCUGCGGACCGUGCUCCUCCGAACCUCUAUACAUAUCUGCCCAGAUAGCCCGUACCGGGUACAUUCCGGGCCAAACAAUUGUGAUGAAGAUAGACGCGGUCAACCGGAGCCGUACGACGGUGACCGAGUUUCGCGUCAAGUUGGUACAAAAGCUUUGCUACACCAGCCAACAGCCGACGGCGCAAACACGCUCAGAUGCGCUGGUAGUGGCCGAAUCACGCUGCUCCGGCGUUACCUCGGGUGAGGUGGUGAAGCAUCAGCAGAACCUACUCAUCCCGGCCCUACCGCCGACCUAUACGGACGGAUCACCCAUCUUCAGCAUCACCUACGAGCUGGAGAUCGAGGCACGCGUUACGGGACCAAACAUUAGUCCCCGGCUCGCAAUGCCCAUCACUAUCGGUACGAUCGCGCUCGAGACGUCGGUGCCGUUGAGGGAAAAGUUGAAACCUCUAGCUAAAGCACCGUGGGAUCCGUUUAGUUCACAGCACUACACGGAUAUUAUAGGCACACGGAUACCGGUCAACAACAUUGCCCGCCGAUCGUUCGCAGGUAUGGAGCACCAGGAGCUGCCAAACAACAAUUCCAACAACGUACGUCUUCACUAUAUUGUGCACGCACGGAAAAGUGAUUUUCCACGGCCCGAUCCGGAUGAGAACUGA